CGACCUGAAAGCGGAAGUCGAGUCGCUGUCAAACGCAACUGUCUUUCGUUCUUUUUCCGGCAUCUUUACUAGUGUCGAGCACACACCGAAUUUUGCUGCGAGCUAAACAAUGUCGAAGAGAGGACGAGGAGGAUCCGCGGGAGGAAAAUUCCGCAUCUCGCUUGGUCUGCCCGUUGGCGCCGUCAUCAACUGCGCUGAUAACACAGGUGCCAAGAACCUGUAUGUGAUCGCCGUCCAUGGAAUCCGUGGUCGCCUGAACCGGCUGCCCGCUGCCGGUGUUGGUGACAUGUUUGUCGCCACCGUCAAGAAGGGUAAACCGGAACUGCGUAAAAAAGUUAUGCCAGCGGUGGUCAUUCGGCAGCGAAAACCCUUCCGCAGGCGAGAUGGUGUUUUCCUCUACUUUGAGGACAAUGCGGGCGUCAUAGUGAACAACAAGGGCGAAAUGAAGGGCUCCGCUAUUACCGGUCCUGUGGCGAAGGAAUGUGCCGACCUGUGGCCCCGUAUUGCGUCCAACGCUGGUUCGAUAGCAUAGAGACAGAAGA